AUGAAUGUAUUUAGAUACUCACACAUAUACAAAUACAGCAGCUUUCUAUCUAUCUAUCUAUCUAUCUAUCUAUCUAUCUAUCUAUCUAUCUAUCUAUCACAGUCCGUUGAUAUCUAUCAAUCACAGUCCGUUAAUAUCUAUCUAUAUCUAUCUAUCUAUCUAUCUAUCUAUCUAUCUAUCUAUCACAGUCCGUUGAUAUCUAUCAAUCACAAGUGCACAUAUCUAUGUCAAACUGUUCAUAUCUAUCUAUCUAUCUAUCUAUCUAUCUAUCUAUCUAUCUAUCUAUCUAUCUAUCACAGUCCGUUGAUAUCUAUCAAUCAGAGUCCGUUAAUAUCUAUCUAUCUAUCUAUCUAUCUAUCUAUCUAUCUAUCUAUCUAUCUAUCUAUCUAUCUAUUUAUUACAGUCCGUUCAUAUCUCUCUAUCUAUUUAUCUGAUUUUCUCUGGUUUUCUUUGAAGUCGGUAGCCUAA